GUCACACGCCAGCGCCGGUGACGCGCCGGCCGCUCCCCCUUAGUCUGCAUUCGCUCCAGGGUUUUGGGACCGUAGGUUGCGGAGUCCUUACCCCACCCUGGCGUCUCGAGCUAUUGUCCCCAUAACUCGGAAUCUAGAGCCGCUGUUGCGAGGCAGGACCACGUGGCAGUCAAGUAGCUUCCCAGUCCCGAACGCCGCCCGUCCCCACCCCGCCGUGGCCACUAGCAACGACCUCUGUGAAGUUGGAGAGGCGGUAACGGAGGCACUCCCCCUGCUGCACCCCGCCGUUUCUACGGGGCUCAGAAACCAGUUUGUUUGUUUCGUCGGGGUAGUGUCGACCUGUCUUACGGGCGUCGCCCGAGGCAGGACGGAGUCAAACCCGUGGUGUCAACUGAAGACGAGUGUCAGGUGUGGAGAGUCUCAGUGCCCCCUUUCAGUCUGGACUGUGAGCUGCUGCUGGUUAGACAGACUUGGUUUCUCUUUCAGGAUGUCAUUUUCAAAAUGCGGGAUGGUACCUCUGCUUUAUUAAGCCCCGUAGGAAGACUGCCACACCUAGACUGAUGCUUAUUAGUCAUCACCGUUAUUCCUACUAACGUCCUGUGUCACUGAGUUUUUUGAAUGUCUAGCAUAUCUGUAAGGAUGCCUUAGAAAAAGAAUCAUGGAGAAGUAUGUUAGACUACAGAAGAUUGGAGAAGGUUCAUUUGGAAAAGCCAUUCUUGUUAAAUCUACAGAAGAUGGCAGACAGUAUGUUAUCAAGGAAAUUAACAUCUCAAGAAUGUCCAGUAAAGAAAGAGAAGAAUCAAGGAGAGAAGUUGCAGUAUUGGCAAAUAUGAAGCAUCCAAAUAUUGUCCAGUAUAGAGAAUCAUUUGAAGAAAAUGGCUCUCUCUACAUAGUAAUGGAUUACUGUGAGGGAGGGGAUCUGUUUAAGCGAAUAAAUGCUCAGAAAGGCGUUUUGUUUCAAGAGGAUCAGAUUUUGGACUGGUUUGUACAGAUAUGUUUGGCCCUGAAACAUGUACAUGAUAGAAAAAUUCUUCAUCGAGACAUUAAAUCUCAGAACAUAUUUUUAACUAAAGAUGGAACAGUACAACUUGGAGAUUUUGGAAUUGCUAGAGUUCUUAAUAGUACUGUAGAGCUGGCUCGAACUUGCAUAGGGACCCCAUACUACUUGUCACCUGAAAUCUGUGAAAACAAACCUUACAAUAAUAAAAGUGACAUUUGGGCUCUGGGGUGUGUCCUUUAUGAGCUGUGUACACUUAAACAUGCUUUUGAAGCCGGCAGUAUGAAAAACCUGGUACUGAAGAUAAUCUCUGGAUCUUUUCCACCUGUGUCUUUGCAUUAUUCCUAUGAUCUCCGCAGUUUGGUGUCUCAGUUAUUUAAAAGAAAUCCUAGGGAUAGACCAUCAGUCAACUCCAUAUUGGAGAAAGGUUUUAUAGCGAAACGCAUUGAAAAGUUUCUCUCUCCUCAGCUUAUUGCAGAAGAAUUUUGUCUAAAAACAUUUUCAAAGUUUGGAUCACAGCCUGUACCAGCUAAAAGACCAGCUUCAGGACAAAACUCUAUUUCUGUUAUGCCUGCUCAGAAAAUUACAAAGCCUGCCGCUAAAUAUGGAAUACCUUUAGCAUAUAAGAAAUAUGGAGAUAAAAAAUUACACGAAAAGAAACCACUGCAAAAACAUCAACAGGCCCAUCAAACUCCAGAGAAGAGAGUGAAUACUGGAGAAGAAAGGAGGAAAAUGUCUGAGGAAGCAGCAAGAAAGAGAAGGCUGGAAUUUAUUGAAAAAGAAAAGAAACAAAAGGAUCAGAUUAUUAGUUUAAUGAAGGCUGAACAAAUGAAAAGGCAAGAAAAGGAAAGGUUGGAAAGAAUAAAUAGGGCCAGGGAACAAGGAUGGAGAAAUGUGCUAAGUGCUGGUGGAAGUGGUGAAGUAAAGGCUCCUUUUCUUGGCAGUGGAGGGACUAUAGCUCCAUCAUCUUUUUCUUCUCGAGGACAGUAUGAACAUUACCAUGCCAUUUUUGACCAAAUGCAGCAACAAAGAGCAGAAGAUAAUGAAGCUAAAUGGAAAAGAGAAAUAUAUGGUCGAGGUCUUCCAGAAAGAGGAAUUCUGCCUGGAGUUCGUCCAGGAUUUCCUUAUGGGGCUGCAGGUCAUCACCAUUUCCCUGAUGCUGAUGAUAUUAGAAAAACUUUGAAAAGAUUGAAGGCGGUGUCUAAACAAGCCAAUGCAAACAGGUUGGACUGUGAUGAUCCAUGAAUUCAUCCAUGUUCUUGUUCUGUCACCCAGGCUGGAGUGCAAUGGCAUGAUCACAGCUCACUUGCAACCUUGACCUCUGGGGCUUAAGUGACCCUCCCACCUCAGCCUCCUGAACAGCUGGGACUACAGGUGCUUGCCACCAUGUGUGGCUGAUUUUUAAAAUUUUUUGUAGAAUGGAGUCUUGCUAUGUUGCCCAGGCUGGUCUUGAACUCCUGGGUUCAAGCAAUCCUCCUGCAUUGGCCUCCCAAAGUGCUGGGAUUACAAGCGUGAGCCACCACGCCCAGCCAGAAUGGAUGUACUACACUUUAUCCAUUAUUCUACUGAAGGACAUCUUGGUUGCUUUUAAGUUAUGGCAAUUAUGAAUAAAGCUUCUACAAACAUUUGUGUGUAGGUUUUUUUGUGGACAUAAAUUUUUUAAGUAUUUAAACAGAUGCCAAGAGGAUGAUUGCUGGAUCAUGUCUUAAGAGUAUGUUUGAUUUUGUAAGAAGUCACCAAGCUGUCUUCCAAAGUGGCUAUACCAUUAUGCAUUCCUGCCAGCAGUGAUUAAGAAUUCCUGUUGCUCCACAUCCUCUCCAGCAUUUAGUGUUGUCAGUGUUUCGGAUUUUGGCCAGUUUAAUCAGUGUGUAGUGGUAUCUCAUUUUAAUUACAAUUCCUAAUGACAUAUUCAACAUUUUUUCAUAUGCUUCAUGCCGUCUGUAUAUCUUCCUUGAUGAGUUGUCUGUUCAGGCCUUUUGCCCAUUUUUAAAUUCAUUUUUAUAUUGUUGAGUUUUAAAAGUCCUUUGUAUAUUUUAUUUAACAGUCCUUUAUCAGGUAUGUCUUUGGCAGAUAUUUUCUUUUUCUUUGUGGCUCAUCUUCUCAUUCCCUUAAUAUUUUGUUUUGCAGAGUGGAACUUUUUUGUUUUAAUGAAGUCCAGCAUAUCAAUUGUUUCUUUCAUGGAUUCUGUCUCUGAUGUUAUAAAUGAAAAGUUAUCACCAUACCCAAGUUCAUUUGGGUUUUCUCCUAUGUUAUCUUCUAGGAGUUUUAUAGUUUAAUGUUUUAUCUUCAGAUCUGUGAUCCAUUUGAGUUAAUUUUUGUGAAGGAUAUAAGGUCUGUGUCUAGAUUCAUUUUUUUGCAUGUGGAUGCCCAGUUGUUCCACAUCUCUUGAAAAGACUAUGUUUGCUUCUUUGAAUUGCCUUUGCUCCUUUGUCAAUGAUUGGUUGACAAAGGAUUUUUAUGUGGGUCUAUUUCUGUGCUCUCUGUUCUGUUCUACUGAUUAAGUCUUGAAAUCAGGUAUUUUCAGUCUUCAGCUUUGUUCUUCAAUACUGAGUUGGCUAUUCUGGUUCUUUUGUCUUUCCAUAUAAGCUUUAUCAUAAGUUUGUCCAUAUCUAAAGACUAACAUGCUGGGAUUUUGAUUGGGAUUGUGUUGUAUCUGUAGAUCAGCUUGGGAAGAACUGACAUCUUGACGAUAUUCAGUCUUCCAUUACUUCAUAUUAGACCUGAAAUAUAUCUUUGAUGUAUUUCAUAAGAAUUUUGUAGUUUUCCUCAUACCCAUGCAUAUUUUUUUAGAUUUGUAACCUAUGUAUUACAUGUUGGGGAGUGCUAAUGAAAGUGAUAAUGUGUUUUUAAUUUCAAAUUCUGCUUGUUCCUUGUUUAUAUAUAGGAAAGCAAUUGACUUUUGUUUAUUAACCUUCUAUCCUGCAACUUUACUAUAAUCACUUUUAUUGGGAGGGGUAUUUUUGGUGUUUCUUUUGAAUUUUCUACAUAGACAAUCACGUCAUCUGCAAACAAAGACAGUUAUAUUUCUUCCUUCCCAGUCUGUAUACCUUGUGUUUUCUUUCCUUGUCUUAUUGCAUUAGCUAGAACUUCCAAUAUGAUGUUGAAAAGUAAUGUUGAGAAGGACAUCUUUGUCCUGUUCCUGAUGUUGGCCGGAAAGCUUCAAGUUUCCAUUAAAUAUGUUAGCUGUAGGUUUUUUGUAGAUGUUAGUUAUGAAAUUGUGGAAGUUCCUCUCUAAUUUAGGUUUUCUGAGAUUUUUUAAAAUCAGAAAUGGGUGCUGGAUUUUGUCAAAUGCUUUUUUUUUUGCGUGUAUAGAUAUGAUCAUGUGAUUUUUCUUCUUUAGCUUAUUGAUGUGAUGGAUUACAUUAAUUGAUUUUCAGAUGUUGAAACAGCUGUAUUUUAUUAUAUUUUGCUAUAAGAGUAAAAAUGCCCUUUCCUUUCGUAGCUGGUAAUCACUUUUAAGGAAAUGAUUUAAUUACUAUGUGUAUAAUUUUCUCAUGAUCUCUUUCUUAAUAAUACUCAUUGUCUUAGAUUUACAUACACACUGUAAUCUUUUCACUGACGUGGAGUAGCAACUUUCACUACUCCAAAUUUAAACUAUUGUCUUUGUUCUUCACUGUUUUGCUUUACUGAAAGUCAUUUAAUAUUUUUUUCUUCCUCUCAUUCUCACAUUCUUUUUAAUACUCUUUCUUUUGCUGAAUAUUCAAGAAUUUUCAUGUAUUUCUGUUUUAAAAAUACCAACAGCUAACUACCUUAUUAUUGUCCUUUCAUAUAGGGUUCUCAGUCAUCUGUUCAUACCUCCUUUUUCUCUCCUUUUUGCUCAGUAAAAAAGAAAACCUGAAGAAAAAUCACAAGAGGCUUUUUUUUUUCUUGUUUUACUGCUUGCUAAGUGAUGUAGGUUAGUUUUAGAAAAAUUGGAAUGUAUAGGAGGAGAGUGUUAGGAAACAGGAAAGAAAAUAAUUCCAAAUCCCUACAGAGGCAGUCACUGAUGAAGACUUUGGUUAAUUUUCUUGCAUACCUUUUCCUUUUCUUUUUCCCAAGAUAGUGGAAACAAAAUCAUACAUACAAAUUUUUAUCUUUUUAAAUUUAAGUGUUCUUACCAUACAUAUUUCCCAUGUUUUCUAUUUUUUAAUAUCUGCAUAAGAUUCCAGUGCCUGAAUGUGCUAUGAUUUAUCUAACAAAUCCCCUAGUAUAACCAGUUGUUUGUAAUCCUUCACCUUUUUGUACAUUUUUCUGCCACAUUUUAUUCUUCAUUUUUUAUUAUUUCCGUGAAAUAGAAUCUUACAAGGCCAAUUAUUUUGCUAAAAGAUUUGGGCAUCUAUGUUCCUGAUGAAGAUUCUUGAAAGAAAUAUUACUAAGUUUUUUCUAGAAAAGUGCCAGUUUAUACUUAACCCAACAGUGUAUGACAGUGCCUGUUUUAUUGCCCCUGGGCCAGUAUUAAUAACUUCUUAGGAACUAAAGAAGUUUUUUUUGUAAUAUAAAGUUGAAAAUCAAAGUAGUAUAGGAGAUGAAGUUUUCACUAUAUUCUGCACUGUUUACACAAUAGGGUAAUGACAAACUAGAUUCUUAUAAGUAAAAGGUAGCAACUAAUAUUUAAUUGGGCACUUGUGCAAGGACCUGUUCUAAGUAAUUUACAUAUAUAGUUAAACUUUACUGUUGUGGAUUCCGUAUUUGCGAAUUUACCUACUUGCUGAAAUGUAUUUGUAACCUCAAAAUCAAUAUGUGAAGCACUGUCAUGGUCAUUCAUAGGCAUGGGCAUAGGCUCAGCCCAUGUCCUUCAUGAACCUGGGGUCAUUCAUGGGCUCAGAAUAGCAAAAGUGGCCCAAAAGCAUAGUGCUGAAAUGUCAAAAGGCAGCGAUGUGCUUUAGGGAGAAAAUAUGUGUGUUAGACUUCAUUUGGGCAUUAGUUUGCCACUACUGGCCAUGAAUUCAGUGUUAAUGAAUCCACAAUAUAAUGGAUCCAGGAGUCUAACUCUGUAUUUACCCUAGGAGCAGUGGUUCUGUUCAGUAUUCAUGGAGACUUUAUAGAACAUAACUACGAGAAUAAUGAGAAUUGAAUGUAUUAUUAACUCAUCAUCACCAAUACUGUGAGGCAGGAAUUAUUAUUUUUGCUAGUUUACAGAUUAAGAAAUUGAGGCUAUGUGUAAUUAAGUAAUUUGUUGAAGGUCACGUUACUAUUAGUGAAACCAGGAGUUGAAGCUGGACAGUUUGGUUCCUGACCUCACUCACUUAACUGUUGUACCAUAUUGACUUUACUAAGUGUAUUAGUCUGUUCUCACACUGCUAAUAAAGUCAUACCUGAGACUGGGUAAUUUAUAAAAAAAAAGAGGUCUAAUGGAAUCACAGUUCCACGUGGCUGGGUAGGCCUCACAAUCAUGGUAGAAGGCAAAGAAGGAGUAAAGUCGUGUCCUGCAGCAGACGAGAGAGAGCAUGUGUAGGGGAACUCUCUUUUGUAAAACCAUCAGAUCUCGUGAGACUUAUUCACUGUCACCACAACAGCUCAGGAAAGACGUGCCAUCAUGAUUCAGUUACCUCCCACCAGGUCCCUCCCACAACACAUGGGAAUUAUGGGAGUUUCAAUUUGAGAUUUGGGUGGGGACACAGCCAAACCAUAUUGCUAAGUCUUGAAAAAUUUUAUGAGGAAUAAUUAAAGAAUCUGAGAAUUGCACUUUGGGAAGUCAAGGUGGGCAGAUCACUUGAGGUCAGGAGCUCAAGACCAGCCUGCCAACAUGGUGAAACCCCAUCUCUACUAAAAUAAAUAAAUAAAUGAACUGGGCAUGGUGGUGGGUGCCUGUAAUCUCAGCAACUCAGGAGGCUGAGGCAGGAGAAUCACUUGAACCUGGGAAGUGGAGGUGGCAGUGAGCUGAGAUCAUGCCACUGCACUCCAGCCUGGGUGACAGAGUGAGACUCUGUCUUAAACAAAAAAAGACCGGGCGUCAUGGCUUACACCUGUAAUCCCAGCACUUUGGGAGGCUGAGGCAGGCGGAUCACAUGAGGUCAGGAGUUCAAGACCAGCCUGGCCAACAUGGUGAAACCCUGUCUCUACUAAAAAUACAAAAAUUAGCCAGGCGUGGUGGCGCAUGCCUGUAAUCCCAGCUACUUGGGAGGCUGAGGCAGGAGAAUUGCUUGAACCCAGGAGGCAGAGGUUGCAGUGAGCCGAGAUCAUGCCAUUGCACUCCAGCCUGGGCGACAAGAGCAAAAUUCUGUCUCAAAAAAAACCAAAAGAUGGGCACCUGGCAAGAUGGCCGAAUAGGAUCAGCUCUGGUCUGUAGCUCCCAACAAGAUCAACACAGAAGGCGGGUGAUUCCUGCAUUUCCGACUGAGGUACCCAGUUCGUCUCAUUGGAACUGGUUGGACAGUGGGUACAGCCCAAGGAGGGCGAGCUGAAGCGGGGUGGGGUGUCACCUCACCCAGGAACACAAGGGUUCGGAGAACUCCCUCUCCUAGCCAAGGGAAGCCAUUAGGGACUGUACCGUGCACUCUGGCCCAGAUACUGUGCUUUUCCGACGGUCUUCGCACCCACAGACCAGGAGAUUCCCUCCAGUCCCUAUGCCACCAGGGCCCUGGGUUUCCAGCACAAAACUGGGCUGCCAUUUGGGCAGACACCGAGGUAGCCACAGGAGUUUUUUUUCAUACCCUAGUGGCACCUGGAAUGCCAGUGAAACAUAACUGUUCACUCCCCUAGAAAGGGGGCUGAAGCCAGGGAGCCAAGUGGUCUGGCUCGGUGGGUCCCACCCCCACAGAGCCCAGCAAGCUCAGAUCCACUGGCUUGAAAUUCUGGAUGCCAGCACAGCAGUCUGAACUCAACCUCGGACACUGUAGCUUGGCAGGGGGAGGGGCGUCCACCAUUGCUGAGGCUUGAGUAGGUGGUUUUACCCUUACAGUGUAAACAAAGCCAUUGAGAAGUUUGAACUGGGAGGAGCCCACCGCAGCUCACCAAGGCCACUGUAGCUAGACUGCCUCUCUAGAUUCCCUCCCCUCUGGGCAGGGCAUCUUUGAAAAAAAGGCAGUAGCCCCAGUCAGGGUGUUAUAGAUAAAACCCCAACUCCCUGGGACAGAGCACCUGGGGGAAGGGGCAGUUGUGGGCACAGCUUCAGCAGACUUAAACAUCCCUGCUUGGCAGCUCUGAAGAGAGCAGCAGAUCUCCCAGCACAGCGUUUGAGCUCUGAUAAGGGAAAGUUGGCCUCCUCAAGUGGGUCCCUGACCCCUGUGUAUCCUGACUGGGAGACACCUCCCAGUAGGAGCCGACAGACACCUCAUACAGGAGAGAUCUGGGUGGCAUCUGGCGGGUGCCCCUUUGGGAUGAAGCUUCCAGAGGAAGGAACAGGCAGCAAUCUUCGCUGUUCUUCAGCCUCCGCCAGUGAUACCCAGGCGAACACAGUCUGGAGUGGACCUCUAGCAAAUUCCAGCAGACCUGCAGCAGAGGGCCCUGACUGUUAGAAGGAAAACUAACACACAGAAAGGAAUAGUAUCAAAAAGGACAUACACUCAGAGACCCCAUCCGAAGGUCACCAACUUCAGAGACCAAAAGUGGAUAAAUCCACAAAGAUGGGGAGAAACCAGUGCAAAAAGGCUAAAAAUUCCAAAAACCAGAACGCCUCUUCUCCUCCAAAGGAUCACAACUCCUUGACAGCAAGGGAACAAAACUGGACAGAGAAUGAGUUUGAUGAAUUGACAGAAGUAGGCUUCAGGAGGUGGGUAAUAACAAACUCCUUUGAGCUAAAGGAACAUGUUCUAACCCAAUGCAAGGAAGCUAAGAACCUUGAGAAAAGGUUAGACAAAUUGCUAACUAGAAUAACCAGUUUAAAGAAGAACAUAAAUGACCUGAUGGAACUGAAAAACACUGCAUGAGAACUUCGUGAAGCAUACACAAGUAUCAAUAGCCGAAUCAAUCAAGUGGAAAAGGAUAUCAGAGAUUGAAGAUCAACUCAAUGAAAUAAAGCGAGAAGAGAAGAUUAGAGAAAAAAGUGAAAAGAAACGAACAAAGCCUCCAAGAAAUAUGGGAGUAUGCGAAAAGACCAAAUCUGCGUUUGAUUAGUGUACCUGAAAGUGACGGGGAGAAUGAAACCAACUUGGAAAACACUCUCCAGCAUAUAAUCCAGGAGAACUUCUGCAACCUAUCAAGGCAGGCCAGCAUUCAAAUUCAGGAAGUAUAGAGAACACCACAAAGAUACUCCUCGAGAUCAGCAACCCCAAGAUACAUAAUUGUCAGAUGCACCAAGGUUGAAAUGAAAGAAAAAAUGUUAAGAGCCGCCAGAGAGAAAGGUCAGGUUACUGGUAAAGGGAAGCCCAUCAGACUAACAGCAGAUCUCUCUGCAGAAACCCUACAAGCCAGAAGAGAGUGGGGGUCAAUAUUCAACAUUCUUCAAGAAAAUAAUUUGCAACCCAGAAUUUCAUAUCCAGCCAAACUAAGUUUCAUAAGCGAAGGAGAAAUAAAAUUCUUACAGAAAAGAAAAUGCUGGGAGAUCUUGUCUCCACCGGGCCUGCCUUACAAGAGCUCCUGAAAGAAGCACUAAACAUGGAAAGGAACAACUGGUACCAGCCACUGCAAAAGCAUAUCAAAAUGUAAACACCAUAGACACUAUGAAGAAACUGCAUCAACUAACGGGCAAAAUAACCAGCUAGCAUCAUAAUGGCAGGAUCUAAUUCACACAUAACAAUAUUAGCCUUAAAUGUAAAUGGGCUAAAUGCUCCAUUAACAGACACAGACUGGCAAGUUGGAUAAAGAGUCAAGACCCAUCAGUGUGCUGUAUUCAGGAGACCCAUCUCAUGUGCAGAGACACAUAUAGACUCAAAAUAAAGGGAUGGAGGAAUAUUUACCAAGCAAAUGGAAAGCAAAAAAAGCAGGGGUUGCAAUCCUAGUCUCUGAUAAAACAGACUUUAAACCAACAAAGAUCAAAAGAGACAAAGAAGGGCAUUACAUAAUGGUAAAGGGGUCAAUGCAACAAGAAGAGCUAACUAUCCUAAAUAUAUACGUACCCAAUACAGGAGCACCCAGAUUCAUAAAGCAAGUUCUUAGUGACCUAAAAAGAGACGUAGACUCCCACACAGUAGUGGGAGACUUUAACACUCCACUGUCAAUAUUAGAUCAACGAGACACAAAAUGAACAAGGAUAUCCAGGACUUGAACUCAGCUCUGGACCGAGCUGACCUAAUAGACAUCUACAGAACUCUCCACCCCAGAUCAACAGAGUAUACAUUCUUCUCAGCACCACAGAGCCCUUAUUCUAAAAUUGACCACAUAAUUGGAAGUAAAACACUCCUCAGCAAAUGCAAAAGAGUGGAAAUCAUAACAAAGAGUCUCUCAGACCACAGUGCAAUCAAAUUAGAACUCAGGAUUAAGAAACUCACUCAAAAUCGCACAACUACAUGGAAACUGAACAACCUACUCCUGAAUGACUACUGGGUAAAUAAAGAAAUUAAGGCAGAAAUAAAUAAGUUCUUUGAAACCAGUGAGAACAAAGACACAACAUACCAGAAUCUCUGGGACACAUUUAAAGCAGUGUGUAGAGGGAAAUUUAUAGCACUAAAUGCCCACAGGAGAAAGCGGGAAAGAUCUACAGUUGACACCCUAACAUCACAAUUAGAAGAAUCAGAGAAGCAAGAGCAAACAAAUUCAAAAGCUAGAAGACAAGAAAUAACUAAGAUCAGAGCAGAACUGAAGGAGAUAGAGACACAAAAAACCCUUCAAAAAAAUCAAUGAAUCCAGGAGCUGGUUUUUUGAAAAGAUCAACAAAAUUGAUAGAUCACUAGCAAGACUAAUAAAGAAGAAAAGAGAGAAGAAUCAAAUAGAUGCAAUAAGAAAUGAUAAACGGGAUAUCACCACCAAUCCCACAGAAAUACAAACUACCAUCAGAGAAUACGAUAAACACCUCUACACAAAUAAACUAGAAAAUCUAGAAGAAAUGGAUAAAUUCCUGGACACAUCCACCCUCCCAAGACUAAACCAGGAAGAAGUCAAAUCCCUGAAUAGACCAAUAACAGGCUCUGAAAUUUAGGCAGUAAUUAAUAGCCUCCCAAGCAAACAAACAAACAAACAAAAAUACAUGACCAGAUGGAUUCACAGCCGAAUUCUACCAGAGGUACAAAGAGGAGCUGGUACCAUUCCUUCUGAAACUAUUGCAAACAACAGAAAAAGAGGGAAUCCUCCCUAACUCAUUUUAUGAGGCCAGCAUCAUCCUGAUACCAAAGCCUGGCAGAGACACAACAAAAAAAGAAUUUUAGACCAAUAUCCCUGAUGAACAUCGAUGCGAAAAUCCUCAAUAAAAUACUGGCAGACUGAGUCCAGCAACACAUCAAAAAGCUUAUCCACCAUGAUCAAGUUGGCUUCAUCCCUGGGAGGCAAGGCUGGUUCAACAUCCACAAAUCAAUAAAUGUAAUCCAUCACAUAAACAGAACUAAUGACAAAAACCCCAUGAUUAUCUCACUAGAUGCAGAAAAGGCCUUUGACAAAAUUUAACAGCCCUACUUCCUAAAAACUCCCAAUAAUAACUAGGCAUUGAUGGAACAGAUCUCAAAAUAGUAAGAGCUAUUUAUGACAAACCCACAGCCAAUAUCAUAAUGGACAAAAACUGGAAGCAUUCCCUUUGAAAACCAGCACAAGACAAGGAUACCCUCUCUCACCACUCCUAUUCAACAUAUCAUUGGAAGUUCUGGCCAGGGCAAUGAGGCAAGAGAUAGAAAUAAAGUAUAUUCCAAUAGGAAAAGAGGAAGUCAAAUUGUCUCUGUUUGCAGAUAACAUGAUUGUAUAUUUAGAAAAUCCCAUCAUCUCAGCCCAAAAUCUCCUUAAGCUGAUAAGCAACUUCAGCAAAGUCUCAGCAUACAAAAUCAAUGUGCAAAAAUCACAAGCGUCCCUAUACACCAGUAACAGACAAACAGCCAAAUUAUGAGUCAACUCCCAUUCACAAUUGCUACAAAGAGAAUAAAAUACCUGGGAAUCCAACUUACAAGGGAUGUGAAGGACCUCUUCAAGGAGAACUACAAACUACUGCUCAAGGAAAUAAGAGAGGACACAAACAAAUGGAAAAACAUUCCAUGCUCAUGGAUAGGAAGAACCAAUAUCGUGAAAAUGACUAUACUGCCCAAAGUAAUUUAUAGACUCAGUGCUAUCCCCAUCAAGCUACCAUUGACUUUCUUCACAGAAUUAGCAAAAACUACUUUAAAUUUCAUAUGGAACCAAAAAAGAGCCCACAUAGCCAAGACAAUCCUAAGCAAAAAGAAAAAAGCUGGAGACAUCCUGCUACCUGACUUCAAACUAUACUACAAGGCUACGGUAACCAAAACAGCAUGGUACUGGUACCAAAACAGAUAUAUAGACCAAUGGAACAGAACAGAGGCCUUAGAAAUAACGCCACACAUCUACAACCAUCUGCUCUUUAACAAACCUGAUAAACAAGCAGUGGGGAAAGGAUUCCCUAUUUAAUAAAUGGUGUUGGGAAAACUGGCUAGCCAUAUGCAGAAAGCUGAGACUGGAUCUCCUCCUUACAUCUUAUACAAAAAUUAACUCAAGAUGGAUUAAAGACUUAAACAUAAGACCUAAAACCCUAAAAACCCUAGAAGAAAACCUAGCCAAUACCAUUCAGGACAUAGGCAUGGUCAAAGACUUCAUGACUAAAACACCCAAAGCAAUGGCAACUAAAGCUAAAAUUGACAAAUGGGAUCUAAUUAAACUAAAGAGCUUCUGCACAGCAAAAGCAACUAUCAUCAGAGUGAACAGGCAACCUACAGAAUGGGAGAAAAAUUUUGCAAUCUAUUCAUCUGACAAAGGGCUAAUAUCCAGAAUCUACAAAUAACUUAAAUUUACAAGAAAAAAAACCCAUCAAUAAGUGGGCAAAGGAUAUGAACAGACACUUCUCAAAAGAAGACAUUUAUGCAGUCAACAAACAUGAAAAAAAAGCUCAUCAUCACUGGUCACUAAAGAAAUGCAAAUCAAAACCACAAUGAGAUACCAUCUCACGCCAGUUAGAAUGGUGAUAAUUAAAAAGUCAGGAAAGAACAGAUGCUGGAGAGGAUGUAGAGAAAUAGAAAUGCUUUUACACUGUUGGUGGGAGUGUAAAUUAGUUCAACCAUUGUGGAAGACAGUGUGGCAAUUCCUCAAGUAUCUAGAACUAGAAAUACCAUUUGACCCAGCAAUCCCAUUACUGAGUAUAUACCCAAAGGAUUAUAAAUCAUUCUGCUAUAAAGACACAUGCAUAUGUAUGUUUAUUGCGGCACUAUUCACAGUAGCAAAGACUUGGAACCAACCCAAAUGCCCAUCAGGAUAGACUGGAUAAAGAAAAUGUGGCACAUAUAUACCAUGGAAUACCAUGCAGCCAUAAAAAAGAAUGAGUUCAUAUCCUUUGCAGGGACAUGGUAACCAUCAUUCUCAGCAAACUAACACAAGAACAGAAAACCAAACACCACAUGUUCUCACUCAUAAGUAGGAGUUGAACAAUGAGAACACAUGGACACACGAAGGGGAACAUCACACACUGGGGCCUGUCGGGGGGUCGGGGGCUAGGGGAUGGAUAGCAUCUGGACAAACACCUAAUGUAGAUGACAGGUUGAUGGGUGCAGCAAACCUCCAUGGCAUGCGUAUGCCUAUGUAACCUGCACGUUUUGCACAUGUACCCCAGAACUUAAAGUGUAAUAAAACAAAAGGAAUCUGGGAAUUUAGCCAUCAUUAAAGAAAUCAUGGUUAAAGGAGCAAACUUGGAAGAAUUGACUGACUUGUCAUGUAAAAGAGGAACUAGACACAGGGUGGAAAUAUAAAGACACAUUUCAGUCAGAUAUGAGGACUGUUCAAAGGUUGGAUCAUCGUGGGAUUUAAUGAAUAUCUUCAAACUGGAAGUAUUUUAACCAGAGGUUUAAAUGACAGUGCCUCAUGGGGUAUUUAGUUGGGAAUAUGGAAAUAUUUUAUUCAAUGAAAACUUGGAUUAGUUGAUACCAAAGGUCGCUUCCAAUCUGAAUGAUUCUUUUGUCUUGUACUGUUUAGUGGUCACUGGCAUUAUAGAACAUUUUCUCUGUACACUGUCACAAUUUCUGAUUAUUAUAAUUUGUAUGUCAUUUUCAUUCUUGAUUCAUUCCUUUCCUUGAUUCAAACUGAAUCAGCAAACUGAAAUCUGUAGUCAUCUAAGACUCUUUCAGAUUCUGUUUUCUUCAUAAUCACCUAUAUUUGCCUGUUUCUUCUUUAUGGUAGUAGUUAUUUUUCCUCUUCCUUUCUUAUCAGUAGCUCUGACCAGUCUGACUUUGCUUAUAUGCAGUUUCUUAAUAACAUACCUCUUCUGUUAGGAUUUUUAAUAUUAGAAGCUCAAGCCAUCUACGGUUCAAAUGGCUAAAGCCACUUUUUAAUAAAUUAUGGAGUGCCACCUAACAUUUGUGUUUUUAUGGUGCUUUUACUUUUUCCAAGUCCUUCUGUCUGUAUUGCUUCAUUUAAUUUGGAUAAAACUAACAACAGUUUCAUUCCAUUACAUAGACAUGCCCCUUAAGAGGAAGCUAAAUGAAUAAGCCCUUCUGCAUCAUUUUUCAUCUCAGUAAUCCUGUACCACCCCAUCUCUUCUGCCCAAUACCAUAUUACUCAUUUUUAUUUCUCAGAUUAUCUCUGUUACCUAGAGUGCUACUUAUUGUUAUGUUGUCUUCAACUUUAUCCUUGAGAAGUCUUAAAUUUUCUUUAUCAGUAAAGAAUUUGAACCAUGGAUGUGAGGCAUGCAGUUCCCAGCCAAAUCUUGUUGCUUAUUCAUGUGUUUACAAUAAGAAAAGGAAAGAAAAUAACUUACUCCCUUUUCCUCCCCUUGUCAGGGCUAAAAAAAAAAGGAAAGUUUGUCUUGGAAUAAUUAUUUCUUGAUAAAAGAACACUAUACUUCUGUUAUCUCUUUGUUUGAUGCCCCUUAUCCUCUUACAUUAUAAUUUGUAGUCCAUUUUAAUGUCUUUGUGUUUUACUAUCCAAUUCCUAAUUUCUUACUAUAUCUGCAUUUAUAUUAUCAUCCUCUUAUCCUUAAUCCGGGUCAGUGUUUUAUUGAUUUUAAGUGGUAUAAUUCUGGAACUCAAAAGAAAUAGUCUAAUUUUUGUAAAACAGAGCAUGCUCACGUGAAUUCUUAAUAGUGUUUAAUGAAGAAAAUUACUAUCAAGAAGUAAACUGACUGUUUUCUCUUAAUCCCCAUGAUCCCAGCACAAACGUAGUUUGUGCCCAUAGUUUAGUAGAGCUGUAUUACUUUAGAGAGGACUAAGCAUAUGGGUUAUGGACUAUUUUUGGUGUAUAUGAAGUAGUAAACAGUAAUGCAUAUGAAAAAUAAGGACACAGAUUUUAUAGGUUUUUAAACAGUGUAAGGAGUCAUAAAAUUGAUUUUGUCUUUUAUUCUAUUAAUAACGUGUAUUACGCUGAUUUUCAUAUGUUGAACCAACCUUGCCUCCCCGGAACUCUGUUUUAUUCAUCUUUAUAUCUUUUGGCAGAUAUAAUGUGGCAAAUAGUUGACACUCAAUAUUUGUUUAAUAAAUGAUAGGAAAAAAGAAUUAGUGUUAAACAAAAGCACUACAGUUAUUAAGUUUGUGUUUGAAAGCAGCCAGUAAUGUAAACCUGCUUAUUUAAGCCAGCAUAGGAAGCAGCUGUUCAAUGAAGCAAAAUUUAUAAAUCAUAUAAAUACAUAGAGCAAGUAGUGUUAUAUAUGCAUAAAUGGUGUGAAAAUCUAUAAAUCAAAGCUGUUAUACAUAUGACCAGGUUCUUAGUAAACAAUUCUGUGCAACCGCUGUUUAACCUAUGCCAAUUGUAAGUUCAGGCUAACAAUCACUGGACACAGAAAGCAUCUUAAGAUGGGAAGUCAAACAUGCUUUACUUCCGUAAAAGUUAGAGAAGGCAGUUGAUACAAUCAGGAUACACAGCAGAGAGAUCAGCUAUCUUGUCUACUUGCAGAUGGUGGUGUAAGCUUCCAGGACCCCCCAAAAGAGCCUUAUCUGUAACCAUAGUGUCUGAGCAUCAUACCUGAAGGUUUAUCUGCCUUCCUCAGGCCUAGCCUUACGUAGAUGGGCUAUAGCAAAACAGAAUUCAGCCUUGCCUUGAUAUUUGCAGGAAACAAGUUGCAUUACAACCAGAUAUACCUUAUUAAUUUUAUGUUAGAGCAUUACACGUGAAGGUUUAUCUGCCUCCUCAGGCCCAGCCUUACAUAGAUGGGGAUGUGGCAGAACAGGGUACAGCCCUACUUUGAUAUAUACAGGAAAUAAGUUGCAUUCUGACCAGAGAUACCUUAUUAAUCUCAUGUCAGAGCAUCACAUUUGAAGGUUUAUCUGCCUUCCUUAGGCCCAGCCUUAUAUAAAUGGGGCUAUAGCAAAGCAGGAUAUAGCCUUACGUUGAUAUAUGCAGGAGAUAAAUUGCAUUCAGAACAGAUAUGCGUUAUUAAUCUCAGAGUUUUCCAGUGGCUAAUGGGACUGUUAGGGGACAGCACAGGUACACUACAGAGGCAUGAACAAAUUUCUCAUUCAUUGUGUUCAGCCUACUCAAGCUAACAUGGCAUUGGUGAAGUGGAUUUCUGGAUUUAGCAAUGUGAAACUAGAUUAAGAUUUGGCUACCCAGACACAUCUGAGAGCAACAAUAAUAGGCCUUUAAACCAGCUAUAGAGAUUAUCUAAUUCUAGAAAAUUCCCAUGAUGGAAAUUUCAUAAGAAUCUUUUUUAAGUACUACAUGAGGUAAAUGAACCUUAGAUCACUGUCAUUCAUAGUUAUGUGAUGGAAUAGAUUUUUAGGUUUUACAGUUUAAUUUCAUAUUUCAAAUAUUUUUAUGUUUCAGUUAGUAAUCAUUGCCAAAGAAAGUAAAAGAAGCAGUUAUUUGGUAUAUGAAAAUCAGAAAUGCUCAGAUCUUACUAGGAGACUGAGAUCUAUUUCAUGUAAUUUUCAGGACAUAAUUUAGUUAUGGUCCCAAAGAAAGCCUAUAUAGGAAGUUUCUGUGCCUUACUAGCCAAAAUACAAGUAGAAACACAGCCAACAACUUGCUCAUCUUUCUUCCUUACCUCCAAAAUUAACUGCAAUUGAUGCCAUGCUAUGAGUUCUCUGAUUACUGGGGCUGGGUUUUGUUUAUAUUUGUAUCUUCCAUACUUAGCAAGGUAACUAAUACAAUAUAUAGUAGAUGCUUAAUCAAUGUUUGUUAUUGAUACUUUUUAUUUAUAGUCUAAGAUCAGCGUGUUUACAUUCUUUCAUAAUUGUCAGAGAAAGACACAAAAGUAAAA